UAUAUCAAUCAAGUUAAUAAUAGAGCGAGCAAGUUAAUAAUGAACUUUAAUAUGUGUUAAAUAAUAUAAAGUUUCUAAAAAUUAUUCUCUCCUACAUUUAGCGAAGACUUAUAUACAUGCGAAAGCAUAAACUGAACUAUGAACUAUGACUAAUAAGCCAACGUUCUAUGUGAGAGGCUGUGUGAAAAUAAAAUUUAAGUUGCUUAAACGCACCAGUACACCAAAUUCUAAACAAGGAAGAAAAGUACAUCCAAUAAUUUCAAGCAUGCGAAGAUUGCCAAAAAUUAACUUGCACAAUUUACCAGAAAAGGCUGUCCAUUUAAUUAUACGUGAUGAGUAUGGAAAUAGCGAUGAUGAUAGUGAAGAUGUUGACGAUGAUGACAAGAUGUCGACGAUGACUAUGAUGAUGUUAGUGAAGCUGCAUCCAAAUCUUCCUAAAAACUAUUUGUUGUGACUAACUGGAGUUGAAUAAAAUAUAAAGUAAUCAAAAAUUAUAAAAAUAAAGCUUCAGUUAAUUAAUCCGAGAAAUGAGCUCCAUUGGCACCACUUUGGAACGAAAGAACCACAACAUGCUUAUGGCAAACCUAAACUGCACCAGCUUUAUUUGAAAUAUAAACAACUUUGGCUAAGGAGUAGUGAGUAUGCAGAAUGCUUGAUAUGCCGUAGUUGCCCCUUCAUCUUGGUAGCAGCUAGACAUUAUUAUCAUGGCUUUACGUAAUAGUUUCUAAACAAGUUAACUUCAAGAAAAUUACUAAAUUAGAAA